GCACAACGGUACUUAUGGAGGCGGUUUGACACAUGGAGUAAAUACUACAGGCUGGUUAGAAGGCGCUUGGACCGCGGGUGGUUUGGACAUCGCCGGAGACGCGAGCUUCCAAGCGCGCGGACAUUCUAUCUAAAGCCGUUUAGCAAGAGUUAAUGUCAAAACGAUGCAAUUCUUAAGAACGAGGAAGCAACCGUCAUUUUAUAGGUAACAUUACAGGAAAUAAAAGGAGAAACCUGUGAAUUGGUUUUCGGCCUCUCUGGCGUGUUUUUUUAAACGACAGAUUAAACUCUGGAUACGCUUCAUCACGGACGCAACAAACGGGUACAUUUUUGCAAUUGGACUAUUAGGCUGCUGUAGUUUUUUUUACGCCCGAACUCAAUGCUUUGUGUUCAUGUUUGUAAUGACACUGACAGUGCCUUCUUUUUGAUUGGAUUUUAUAGACCAUUACUGCAGUAGCACAUCUUGCUCCUUGUUACUUUGCCACUACGCAAUAAACCCUGACACAUGAGAGUAAUCUCAGGUAGAUAAGAAAGAAUAGAUAGAGUGAUAAUAGUAACAUAUUUUGCUCGAGAUAGUAUUCAGGCUGUUUAUGUCUAUACGCUACCUGAGAUCUGACCACCAGCGGUACACGUCAAGCGCUACUCUAUCAUCACCGCUCAACAUCGAGGACUGAACAUUUCAAUAACCAACAUGACGGAUGGACCGAGACAAAGAGGAAGCGCAGCCUCAAGCACCGGACAGGAUGGAGCAGGAGACGCCGGCAAAGCAGCGGGAGAGUCAUCGGUGGCGUUGAAAAAGGAGAUCGGUCUCGUGAGUGCCUGUGGCAUUAUUGUCGGUAAUAUCAUCGGCUCUGGAAUCUUUGUUAGUCCAAAGGGAGUGUUGGAAAAUGCCAGUUCAGUGGGCCUGGCUCUCAUCGUAUGGAUCAUCACAGGCGUUAUAACAGCGAUUGGAGCACUCUGCUAUGCUGAGCUGGGCGUCACAAUCCCCAAAUCUGGAGGCGACUACUCUUAUGUCAAGGACAUCUUCGGAGGACUGGCAGGGUUUCUGCGGUUGUGGAUUGCUGUGUUGGUGAUCUAUCCCACUAACCAGGCAGUUAUCGCCCUUACCUUCUCCAACUACGUCCUGCAGCCUCUGUUCCCCACCUGCUUCCCCCCAGAGAAUGGUCUGCGUCUGCUCGCUGCCAUCUGCUUGUUGCUGCUGACAUGGGUGAAUUGUGCCAGCGUGCGCUGGGCAACACGGGUACAGGAUGUCUUCACUGCAGGGAAACUUCUGGCCCUCAUUCUCAUUAUCAUCAUGGGUUUUGUACAAAUCUGCAAGGGCGAAUAUUACUGGUUGGAGCCGGCCAAUGCUUUCGAGCCGUUUCAAGACUAUGAUGUUGGUCUGAUUGCACUGGCAUUUCUACAGGGGUCGUUCGCCUACGGUGGCUGGAAUUUCCUCAAUUAUGUCACAGAGGAACUCGUCGACCCCUAUGUAAACCUCCCCCGUGCUAUCUUCAUCUCCAUUCCCCUCGUGACUUUUGUCUAUGUUUUUGCUAACAUUGCCUACGUCACUGCCAUGAGCCCUCAGGAGCUGCUGGCUUCCAAUGCUGUAGCUGUGACGUUUGGUGAGAAGCUGUUAGGAGUGAUGUCAUGGAUCAUGCCCAUCUCUGUGGCCUUGUCCACAUUUGGGGGGGUCAACGGCUCCCUCUUCACCUCCUCUCGGUUGUUCUUCGCGGGUGCACGUGAAGGCCAUCUCCCUAGUCUGCUGGCUAUGAUUCAUGUGAAGCGCUGCACCCCAAUUCCAGCUCUGCUCUUUACUUGCAUCUCAACGAUUCUGAUGCUGUGCACCAGUGACAUGUACACACUCAUAAACUAUGUGGGUUUCAUCAACUACCUCUUCUAUGGUGUCACUGUUGCCGGGCAGAUUGUGCUUCGGAUUAAACAACCAGAUAUGUACCGGCCAAUUAAAAUCAGUCUGGUGUGGCCUGUCAUCUACCUGCUGUUCUGGGCCUUCCUGCUGAUCUUCUCUCUGUACUCGGAGCCUGUGGUGUGUGGCAUUGGCUUGGCCAUCAUGCUUACUGGUGUCCCUGUCUAUUUCUUGGGCGUCUACUGGGAAAACAAGCCCCAGUGUUUCAAUACAUUUGUUGACAAAAUGACAUACCUGGGUCAGAAGUUUUGUGUAGUGGUCUACCCAAUGGAGCAAAAGAAAGAGGAAGCGUCUGGAGAUGAGAUAGAAAUGAAGGAACAGACGGUUCCACUGUCAGCAGAAGAUGAGGAGACACCAAAAUCAGCUGACUGCUAAACAGACACAUGGAGACACACUCAUUCUCUCACAUAAGUGAGACUUAUUCGGAUAUAGACACUGGAAAUCAAACUCAGAUUUUUUUCACAUGCCACUAUAUUUUGCCUUUUCAUAAAGAGGGGGUUGCACUGGAGUGUAAGUGGCUAAGCUCAGGAGAGAGAAAUGAACAAAGACUAGCUGCUCCACAGGUCAUGUGGUUCUGCUGUAGUGGUCUUAGAAAAUGUUCUACAGUCUCUCAGCAGCCGCUUUCUACUCCACCGACUGUGCAAAAGAAUUACAACACUAAAAUGAGAGAUUACAUAAAGCUCUAAAGGGUCAAGGGCAUUUUUAAAGAACUUUCUGAAACAUUUUCUAUGAGAAAUCAGGAAAUUUGAAUUCCAUUCUGUAAAUUACAGUUUAUAAUAAAAAUGCCAAUCUACAUCAUGGCUUACUCUGAUAUGGCUGGGUUCAUUUUAUUUAUUUAUUUAUUACCGAGUACAUUCUAAUGUUCUAAUUCUUACCCCCUCUUUAUUUUUAUUUUUUCAGUUCAGGUCUCUGUCGUAACACACACUAAAAUAGUUUUUUAUAAGCCAAAGCUGUAUUUUAAUUCGCCAUAUUAUCAUUUCACGUGUAUUUCAUCAAACCGAAAUACUCAGAAGCAUUUCUUUUUUUAUAUAUAUAUCGAUAUUUUUUAUUGUCUUAUUCUAAUCAUAUUCCUUUGUAUUAUACAAUUAUGAUUAUUCUUUUCUCUUUCCUAAAGGAAAGCCCUGGGACCUUUUUUUAAUCAUCAUAUUUUUAAGGCAUAAAUUUAAGAACCAAUUGUGGUGGUUCAGAGUAGUUUUCUUUCUGAUUACUCUGGCCCUGAUGCAAUUCAAGCUCUUUUAUUUGCCUUAACUUUUAUGUUAACUGUAUAAAGUUAUUAUCGCUGUUAAAGAGUAUUUUGCUUUCUGAUAUUUUUAAAGAUAAAAACUGUUUAAUGAAAACUUGACAAGAUGGCAUUGUAAAGUUAAGUGUUGCAACAGUAUAUUCAUUCUGUGUGGACUUUAGAUAAUACGGCAUGAUGCCAUUGGAUUUACUGCCACAGUCAUAAAUUCACUUUCCCACAGUUGAAUUAUUAAGAAAGUUUACACACGGAUGCAGAUUCAAAAUGGCGGAGUGGUUUGGUUAUAUGAAAGAAAGAAAAAAAUUAGUGGCGCAUAACUAGUGUUUGUGAUGUAGCUGAAAGCCUUUGAGAAUGUACUAGUUCUAUAGUUUUGGUCCUGUCAUUUAUUAUGUGAAUAUAUAAAAAAAAAACUUGAAAUCAAUUAUGUGAGAAGAGCUUGUUAAAUCAGUCAUGUAAUGCACAAUAUAUAUGUAAUUGUGUAGAUGUUAAUGUAGGUGCAAUACAAGGGACUAGAUUCAAUCGAUCAAGCUAACAAACCUAUGAUUUAUUCAUAGUCUGAAUAAUUACAUUAAUAAUAUACUAAAUAAUUAAACUACACACCAAAAUGAAACAAGCUUUAAAGAUAAUUAAUUUCCGUUAAAAAAAAAAAACAUUAACAUGUGUAGUAAAGCUCAUUUCAAGAAUACAUUGAUUAAAGUGUUCAGUACUGAAUGUAUGUAUGCCACUUGUCCAUACAAACAUACAAGGCUUUUUAGUGGUCACAGGGUUUGUUCAUUGUGCCUCUGUGUUGAUGUCACACCUAUACCAACUUGUAAAGCUUAUGGAAAGUGCCAAUUGUUCUUUGUUGUAUUUUUUUUGUGCAGAUCUGUAAUGUAUAGGUGCUGUAUAAAAAGCAAUAGAAUAUAUAGAUCACAGUGUAAGUCAUAGCACAUCCAUUUUGCAUGAGCUUAACCCCCUACAUUCCUUAGAGACUAGUAUCAAAUCUAUAACCUUCGCACUUACACAAUAAACACUGCCUUAGGUUCCACUGUAGUCACGCGGUGGCGAUACCUGUCAUUAUCAAUGAAUCAAAGACUGCGUAAACUUGGAUGUAUGUAUCGAGCGUCUUUGGUUCUAGCAAUGCUGCUCCUGAGCUGUGUCUCAGUAUUCAGCACUGUAUGCUGUGUGAUAACCACAAACGCAAUGUAUAUUUUAUAUGGAACAUGCGACUUUGAUUGUGCUGAAACAUAAAGCUUUCCUAUCCACACACGCAUAUGCGAUUACCAAAAGCCAUGCAAAAUGAUUUCUGUUCAUUUUUUUUCUUCACUUAGGUAUUUGAUUGUCACCAUCAGUAACACGAUUGAUGUCAACAUUUUUAAUCUCCUUGUCACAACAAUAUAAAUCAACAAGAGAAUGAUUUUUAUAGAUUAUAUUAAGAUAUGUACAGUCUAAAACGAUUUAAAAAAAAACCAUCACGCUCAGAUUGCCGCUUACACAUAACGGUUUGAACCAGAGUCUUCUUGUUUACUGUAGGUUUUGUAUUUGUUUGAACAGUAUGUAUUGAAAUAUGAAUAAAUCUAUAUGCUGAACCAAA